GGGACUAGUUGGCUUUCAUUCAAAUAUCACACUUUCACACAUCCGUUGGGUUGACGUUCUUGUUUUCCUUAGCUGUUUAUUUCGCAAUUAUUCCUCGUUCUCCUUGAGUGUUGAUUGCUUAUUAGUAUUGCCAUGAGUGAGAUCGUAACAGCUCCAGAAUUGCCGGAUAUGUUGCAGGAGGGAACAGAACCGGAAACGUUGAAAAGAGGAACAGAACCGGAUGGGAUGCAAAAUGGAACAAAACCGGUUCUGUUGCAAAGUGGAACCGAACCGGAGUUGUUGCAAAAUGAAACAAAACCAGAUACGAUGCAGAAGGGAACAGAACCGUUUAUCCAGCAGAAUGGAUCAAAACCGGAUAUGCUGCAAAGUGGAACAGAAUCGGGUAUGGUGCAAAAUGGCUCAAAACCGAAUAUGAUGCAAAAUGGAACAGAUCCGGGUGUGUUGCAAAAUGUAACAGAACCAGUUGCAUUGCAAAAUGCAAAAGAACCGGAUAUGUUGCAUUUUGAAACAGAACCGGAAGUGUUGCAAAAUGAAUCAAAACCGGAUAUUGAGCAAAAUGUAAGACUAUCUGAGGUAACUGCCAACUCUGGCUCACAAUCAGUUUCCUCGCACGACGAAAGAUCUUUAAAGGAAAAAAUUACUAACUUCCAUUCCCAAAGGAAAUCAUUUUCCCCCGAAGGCUCCCAGAAGAGUGCGCACACAAAGAAGAAAACUAAGAAGAAGGGGCUAAAAAAGGAACCCAAAAAGACCGUGGUCGCCGCGAUUGCACCACCCCUCCGAAUGCAACAUAAUAAGGGGAAUAAAGAUAAAACCUCGACCAGCUCCCAAAAACCGAUGUCAAAUCUAACAACUGUAUCUUCGAGAACUAUACCUAGAUCUGGCUCUGCCAGAUCUGUAGGUAGAUCUGUACCUAGAUCUGUGUCUGCUAGAUCAGUAACUUCUUCUAGAUCAGCACGUAGUACUAGAUCUACAAUUUCACGCAAAUCUGUACCCAACCUGGUAUCCGCAAAGGGCUCUAAAGAAUCGUCACGGAGACAGAGUCGAGUAUCGUACCGGGCACGUUUCUCUAAAGGAUACCCCUUCGACUUGAUGAGUGUGGAUAGUUCGGACUCAAUGCCAAGUGUUAUAUCAACUACUUCGUCCAGGGUGUCCAGUGUCAAAGGUCGCAAAAGCAAAAGAAACGAGUUAAUAUCGAAAAAUCCGGAACCCUACAAAAUAUAUUAUUUGAAGCAUCUUCAAAACCUUGCGGAAGAAACGCCUGCUAUUAGUGAGGCAGACCCACUUCAUUUUGACGAGCUGUCAGAAUCCUUAGAUAAUCUUGAACCGAUUUCAUCAAAGAGCUCAAAACGGCCUUCACCCGCUUCGCGUAAGGAUACUGAGGAGGAGCUUCCAAGUAUAGCCGAGUCACUAAUUCCGGAAGACGAUGAUGCUGAGGAGGAUAUACAAGAGCUGCGAUAUAAUUUUCUGCAGCAAUUCAGAAGAGUUCCGAAAAUAGAGGAACUUUCGUCCUCAUCAAGUGUGGAGGUGCCUAUAUAUACUAAAAAGGAGUCCAUUCGAAAAAAGCAGGUCUCAAUGAACACGCUGGUAGAUUUUCGAGAAUCCACCGCAUUGGAAGAAUCUACAGACUGGCACCUAGAGGCGGAAGCAGAAUCUGCCAAGUAUUCUGGAAGCUCAAGCCAGAUCUCGGAAAUCAGUCUGAGCAGCCUGACUGACAGCGAUAUCGAGGUUAUAGUUGAGGGGAAAUCAUCUGUCGAGGAUGUGUCCCGGAGUAUGAUGAAGAUUGAGCCUCGCCACACGAGGAUAGACUACGAUGGCUCCACGUCUAGUUCACUUGAAUAUCGCAUGCAUGUAGCCACUCUCGAGGCCGUCGAAAACUUCCUGGACACCAUGAUCAACCAAAUUGUUGAUUUGGAAGAGCACCCGGAUGCCGUUUUGCGCCGGUAUCUGGACAAGAAAAGACUGCACAAGCGCUUGGCAGUGCUAGCUCAGGACUAUCAGGAGGAGAUAUACAAGAAUCAGAGCCUCGACCGACUGGUCACUGAGUACUAUGCGCGUAGAAAGGUCCUCCCCUUCAUCACUGAAUCAAAACGAACCCAGACGAUGAGCCAGAUGCGCCAUAGGGCCGUACUCGAGGAACUGGACUAUCGACUGGAGUAUAUGCGCGCCCUAAACGCUACCAAGAAGAAACUCAUAGCCAAACUGAGGGAGGAAGAACUGGCCGCCGAGGCUGUAAUGGAAGAAAAGAAAAGGAAAUUCGAGUCCAAGGUCAAGGAAACUCUGCUCAAGGAUGGUUUCGACCGCCUAAAGGGCGUUAUCGACGACAUAAUGAAGAAAAUGAACAGGACCCGGGACGAGGUGUCUGCGGUGCGGCGAAACUUGCUCUACAUACAACAUCGAUACGCGAUGUUUUCUACCUUGGCAGAGAAAAUGGAAUGUACUGAUGGGGGCCUGUCGGUGAACGCAUAUCUGUCUAAUCAGGCGCACAACCACUCCCUGCUCAUCAAAAUACAAGAAAAGGACAUCGAACUGAGGCGUCUCAGUGAGAUCGUCACCUACAACAUGCACGCAAUGGCGCACUGGAAGAAUAAGGAGACGAUGGCCAGAAAUAUGCUUAGCCAGUUGGCGUCCAGGCUCCUCGAGCAGCAAGAUGUUAGAAAAAAGUGCCGGGAUCGGCUUCACAAGGAAGUUCUGCACCACAACAAGCUGAAAAAGGAGCAACAGAACCUGCGCAGGUUGGGCUGCCUGAUGCACUAUCCAGCCUUGCUGAAGGACUACGAUGAGUGCGUUGACUUUUCAAAACACAAGAGGAAGGUCGUGAGGAAGCUACGGCUCGAACACGACCGCCUGGAGCGUAGGCUGACAGCGGUGGAAAAGGGAGCUCACGAGUCUAGUUUUAUGUCAGGAAUUUCCUUAUUACCCCAGAUGAGAAGCAGAAACAAUAGUAAAUCAGUGGGAGCAGAGUGAAAAUCAAUUUUUAGAAUUCGAGAGAUUAUUGUACAAUUUAAGCAUUAAUCAUACAUUAUUACAUCUUAGCUAAGA